AUGAAUAACACAUCUUCAGCAAAUGUUAGCAUAGAUGUAAAAAUUGGUUUGUCCUUAAAAGCUCUUUCGAAACCAGAAGGUAUUGCAUGGUGCACUGUUUUCGCCUUGGUUUCUUUCUUUAUUGCCGUUGGAAACCUCCUCACAAUUGUCCUCUUCGCGGCCAACAAAAGAGUUCGUAAAAAAAGUUUGAAUCUUGUGAUCAAUAUGGCUUUGGCUGAUCUGCUGUUAGGGGCUUUUGCUCUUCCCAUCUACAUCUAUAUCUUAAUUAGCAAUGGUUAUCAAUUUUCGCUGACGAAUGUGAAUUGGACUUUGUCUCAUGUCUAUGUGCUCUCAUACGGGAUUUCAAUCUGGGUUUCAUUGACAUCCGCAGUUUUCAUAUCAUGUGAGAGGCUUUACGCCGUAUAUUGGCCAUUCAAACACAGAACGCUAACCAUGCGAACAUACCACGUUGCCUUGUUUAUCUUAUGGACGCUUUGUCUUCUGAAAGCCACUGCCCCUCUUUACUUACGAUCAUACAAGUAUUUCAUCAGUUAUGUUCGUUUAUCAUACGGUGUUAUUGCAACAAGCAUCAUUUGCGGAAGCAACAUCGCCAUUUGGAGAAAAUUUCGAUGCAGAAACGUCACUUCACAACAGAAAAAAAGGGACGAGAAAAAUGUUCGUUUGACGAAGACUUUAAUGUUUGCUUCAAUUCUUAAUUUGCUUUGCUGGGUCCCUUUCAUUAUUGUAUUUAGUGCACGGAAUGAGAGUGUUUCAGUACCGAUGAGGUGGAUCGUUAUCGCUUCUGUUCUCAAUAGUUGUAAUGCUCUUAUAAAUCCGGUUAUGUAUGCAUUGAGAAUUCCAGAGUUUCGACAAGCACUGGCUCUCAGCUGUGUCACAAAGCGAGUUGAAAUGAAACCGGGAAUAGUUGUAAUCAAAGGAAACAACGAAAACUUUUUGAGAGGAGAGACAAAACUAAGAGCUUGUCACAACGAGCCUGAUAACCUGGCAUCAAGGUGUGAUAACAAUGAAAUGGAAACCAAACUGUAG